GGGUGUCGGUGCAGGGGCCCAGGAAGUCCCGACAUAUGGCUGUGGGCGGAAACCCGUCCGGGAGCCUCUCCCCAGCCAUGGACAGCCCCAGUCUUCGAGAGCUCCAACAGCCUCUGCUGGCGGGCGUGGGCUGUGGGCCCCCCAUCCAGAAGCCUGGGGAACCUCAGCUGGGGCCUCCCUUUCGAGAGACAGCCUUUGCGGAGUCCCUGGGGGAUUGGCACUUCCUACCGCCACCUCUUCCUUCUGUGAGCGCUGGUCUUGGGGAGCUGGGAACCCCUGACCUGGAGGACCCAUCAUCCAGUGACAGCGACUCGGACUGGGACAGGGGCAGCCUUCUCUCCCCGCUCCUACCCCACGACCACCUCGGGCUGGCUGUCUUCUCCAUGCUCUGCUGUUUCUGGCCCGUGGGCAUCGCAGCCUUCUGCCUGGCCCAGAAGGUCAGUCUGUGGGUAGGUAGGGCUGGAUCUAAGGGGAAAGUGUAUUCAGAACAAAACAGAAGUGCUAUGCGUUGGUGGGGGGCAAAAGUGGAGAGAAGGACCUGCAUAGAAACAUGGAAAGGUAAAACGAGUGUUUCAGAGUGGAAGCCCAGAGCGGUGGUUAGGAAUCUGGGCUCAAAUUCCUAGGCCUGACACACUCCGUUAAGACUUUUGGGCAAGCCACUUAACCUCCCUGGGCCUCAUUUUCCUCACCUGUGAAACGGGAAUAAUUCCUACCUCUGGGUCAUCGUGAGGUUCAGAUGAGUUCGAACGGUGGCACCGAGAGAGAGGUCUAUUUUUAUUAGCCACCCGGGCACCCCUGUGCGUGGCCCACAGUGGCUGCUCCCUGUUUUUGGAAUCUCUGAAUGAGCCUGUGGGUGUGCCGGUGGGGGCAGGUUCAGGACAAGGGUCUGGGGCUGUGGGCAGCGGGGAUGCCUGAGUCACCGCUGCCCAACGCCUCCACAGACCAACAAGGCUUGGGCCAAGGGGGACGUCCAGGGGGCAGGGGCUGCCUCCCGCCGAGCCUUCCUGC